CAUUGAUCAUGCCCAGUAUUAUCCAUUGACCAAUCAACUCCACUCACCCUACACUCAUAAUAAUCACAUAAUUAUAAAAUAUCUCAAUAACAAACCCUCCUCGCCACCAUGCGUACAGACUUCUACGCUGCCCUCCUGGCAACAGCCGCAACCUACGCCUCCGCCUCCGCCAUCCCCCAGCACCAAUCCCGCAACACCUGCCUUGACAUCCCCACCUUCCAAGCAACCGACUACAAAUGGGGCUGCUCCCCCGGUGGCUGCCGCUCGAAUUUCAAACUCGCCGCCGCAGCCCGCUACCGCACAGGCGCCCCAGGCAUCAACGUCGAGUGCAGCCCCAUUUUCAUCCAGCAGCUGUGGGUGCCCUGCCGCAACGUCGAUGGCAGCGAGUUGCCCGCCACAUCAAGAGUUGAGGCUAUCUGGACGCAGGGGCCGGAUUAUGAGCGUCAGUUCCUUGGGGUGGCGCAUAUUUAUCUGAGGGGAGAUGGGAAGACGGUUAAUGCCACGGCGCGCACGGAUAUCCUGCCUGUGAGGGGGGAGCCGAUGAAAUUUUUGUUCCCUGUGACGAUUAUUAGUUAGGAGGAGAGCUUCGUGGGCAUAGUUGGUAGCGCUGUCAGUGUAUGUUUGAGCGAUGCUGGAUAAAAUGGGAAAUAAUUAGACAAAA